GCGUGGCAGUGACAGGAAAAUUCUGCUGGGCAUAUAAGUCGGGAAUACUCCUCUGACCAAUCUUGGAAGUAGUCACGACGAAGCUAGCAUCAUGCGCCCAUCCAGGAACCUCCGCAAAGCGAACAAGACAACCUCUGCAGAGCUUUCCGCUAGUCUCAAUUCGUACGAGAUUGUCUUGGAGCGAGACCACGUCCCCAAGCGACUAUACCUUGAGGUCGUAACGGCCUCAGAGUUGAACCAAGAAGACCGCGAGGCAGUAUGGACGAUUUUUGAAGACAACAUGCGUGGCUUCUAUGCAGAUUCCACCACGGGCUGGGACCCCACCACCAAACGAGACGAGCUGUUUCAUCCCGACUCGCGCUUCAUAGUUGCAAGGCAAAGCGUUCGCGUGCUGCCAGAUGGCCGACCCAGGCCAUUGUCUGCGUAUAUUAUGUUUCGUUUUGAACGGGAAGAAGACGAGGACGUCGCGUACUGCUAUGAACUGCAGGUCAACUUCCGUAUGAAGCGGUAUGGCAUCGGGAAGUUCUUGAUGCAGCAGUUGGAGCAUAUUGCGACACAUUGGGGCAUGGAGAAGAUUAUGCUCACGGUGCUGAAAGCGAAUAAUCCGGCACGGCAAUUCUAUAGCGCACUAGGCUUUGAGUUGGAUCCGACCUCCCCAGAAUACGUUGACGAAGAAGAUCAGGUGGAUGAGGAGGGGGCAGAAGAGUAUGACUAUGAAAUACUAUCAAAGACAUUACCAUCAUGACCUUCACGAGAUGAACCGCCAGCAUGAAAAAUGGACGGUCGACGU